GAGGAUGGGGAAGGGGUUGCCAUAGAUACCAACGGGUGCCAGGUGGAGCUCAAGCAGUAACUCCAUGUUGAGCAGAGAAGUCCUUGACUCUGACAGGAUCCGUGGCCUUAAAACCCACAGCCUAAUCAGGACUGAGAACCAGGAAAGGGAGAGCAAGGUAAACCUACCCAGGAAAUCCCAAGUCCAAAAUCCUGACCAAACUCUACCAAAGAAGUGACAGUUAACCGGCAUCCAGGAUCCAACUCUGUCACUUCUGUUUCCUGCUCUGCCACUGAACUCUUGUCUCCGAAGAAAUUCCCAGGGAAAUGGCAAGCAAGAAGAAAGAAGUCCAAUUACAGACAGUGAUUAACAAUCAAAACUUAUGGAAUGAAAUGUUGCUGAAUAAAGGUCUAACAGUGAUUGAUGUUUAUCAAGCCUGGUGUGGGCCCUGCAAAGCUGUUCAAACUUUAUUCCGGAAACUGAAAAACGAAUUGGCUGAGGACGAGCUUUUGCAUUUUGCUGUAGCCGAAGCUGACAACAUUUUGACUUUGCAGCCAUUCAGAGACAAAUGCGAACCCGUUUUUCUGUUUUGUGUUGGCAACUUUUCCUUUCAGAAUGGCAAGAUUAUAUCCAUGGUCAGAGGAGCUAAUGCGCCACUUAUAAAUAAAACAAUAAUUGAAAUAAUAGAAGAUGAAAGAAAAAUAGAAGCUGGGAUAAUGGUUCGCCCUGAGCUGCAAGAGCUAGUCUUCAUGGAAAUGAAGGACUCUAAUGCUUGUGCUGAAUCAAGGGAGUCUUUGGAGGACAAAUACACUGUUGCCAUCAUAAAACCAGAUGCUGUGGCAGAUGGAAGAGUAGAAGAAGUUAAACAGAAGAUCAAAAAGGCGGGCUUCGUCAUAGCCGCAGAGGCUGAGCGGACACUCAGCGAGGAACAAGUUCGAGACUUUUAUAAUCGGAAAGCGGAACAGCCCGACUUUGAAGAAUUUGUAAAGUUUAUGCUGAGUGGCCCCAGCCACAUCCUGAUCAUUUCCCAGGGGAAAAGAGAAACGACCGACAUUCCCCACUGGACUGAACUGAUGGAUUUCGAGCCAACUAAUGAGAGUGAACAGGAGGGCCAUGGUCAGGAACCCAGCAGCUUGCAGGAGGCUUUAGCCUCGCAGCAGAUGGCCACGCUGUGUGACAUCGAAGACAGCGUGGAGAAUGCCAGCAGGCAGUUGGCUUUCUUUUUCCCGGAAUUCUCUAAAGCCAAGAAGACAGGGCUAAAGGUGGAGAAGACGCUAGCCUUGAUCCGUCCUGAUCUCCUAAAGAAAAGAAGAGAUUCUGUUCUGAGACGGAUCCGAGAGGACGGCUUUACCAUAGCAAUGGAAAAAGAGAUAGUCCUGACCAAAGAGCAAGCUCACAGCUUUUACAAGGAACACGAGAAUGAGGAUUUCUUCCCGGUUCUUCUGGAACACAUGACUAGUGGCCCCACUCUUGCCCUCGCCUUAGUGCGAGAAAAUGCAGUGCAGCGCUGGAGAGAUUUACUUGGCCCCAAAGUGGUGGAGAAUGCCAAGGAGGAAAAGCCAGAAAGUUUACGGGCUCAGUUUGCUGUGGAAAAUGUAGCCAUCAACCAGCUGCAUGGAAGUUCAUCUCUAAACGAGGCCAAGAAGGAGCUCAAUUUCUUCUUUCCUUGCCAACACACCCUAGCAAUAAUUAAGCCUGAUGCGCUCCCGAUUCACAAAGAAAAAAUCUUGCAAACAGUCCACGAUUCCGGGUUCAUCAUAUCCCAGAUGAAGGAAACUCACUUAACUCGAGAAAUGGCAACACAGUUUUACAAGGCACAUGAAGGAAAAGAAUUUUUGAACCAGUUAGUGGAUUACAUGUCUGAAGGCCCCUCCAUGGUCAUGAUCCUGAGCAAGAACAAUGCCGUGGAAGACUGGAGAAAAUUAAUGGGUCCCACUGAUCCCGAAGAAGCCAAGAGGAUCUCUCCCAACUCUCUUCGAGCUCAGCUGGCCACAAGCAUCCUGAAAAAUGCCGUCCACGGAUCGUCUAACAAGAAGCAUGCUUGGGAGAGCAUUGCUUUCCUAUUUGGAGAUAUCGACUUGGAAAAUCAGAGCCAGAUGCAAGAUCAAUUUGCAGAGUAAAGUCAAGUGGAAAAAGGGUAAUUUACUUCAACAAUACAAUCUUAAAGAACCUACACCAUCUACAAUAUUCUUCUAGCUUUCACUUCAGCAUUUUUUGUAAACUGAUUGGAAAUUUGUUUCAUUCAACUGAGCAAUCAACUGCAGAAUUUUAAGAGCAAUAAACAAUUUCUU